CGGGGAUGUGGAAUCUACCAAAAAUGCGCGCGUCCGCGGGGUGGUUCUAUUCUGUCUGCAGUCAUAUUUCGACAGAGCAGUACCAGGUGGGUGUUAAGCCUGCCAGGCUGCAUUUUUGAGCCACUGUAACACCCCGCCACGUGGAGGGACGACAGAGCCGCUAAAAGAGCGCUUCUUCUGCCUCUGAAGCAUCAAUGAUUUGGGCCAUAAAGCAUCGCGACUCUACGGUGGAAACAACAUGAUGAAGAAAAAAUCAAUGAUGUUAUUCUAAAGCUUCGCACGAUUUAUUUAUUUAUUUAACGAAGGAUGAAACGACAAACGGCCUCCCCUCAGGACCGAGGCUGUUUGGUGGGAAUCAUUUUCUUCAUCCUGGGCCAGGGAACGCUGCUGCCAUGGAAUUUCUUUAUGACGGCUUCUCUGUACUUCCAAGGCCGCCUCAACACAACGGAAUUGGUCAACGGCACGGCAACGGUGCAGAAGGAGUACCACUUCAACAACUGGAUGACCCUGCUGUCCCAACUGCCUCUGCUGCUUUUCACCCUCCUCAACUCCUUCAUGUACCAGAGGAUAUCGGAGGCGAUGCGGAUCGCUGGGAGCCUGGUCUUCAUCCUGCUGCUCUUCAUCCUCACCGCCGUGCUGGUCAAGGUGCCCAUGGACGAAGACCGCUUCUUCUCCAUCACCAUGGCGACCAUCUGGUUCAUCAACUCGUUCGGGGCCGUGCUGCAGGGCAGCCUGUUCGGCCUGGUGGGCCUGCUGCCCCAGAAGUACAGCGCUGUCUUCAUGAGCGGCCAGGCCCUGGCGGGGACCUUCGCCGCCAUCGCCAUGCUCCUAGCCUUAGCCAGUGACACCGACGCUGAGAGCGCGGCGUUGGGUUACUUCAUCACGCCGUGUGUGGGGGCGCUAAUCACGCUCUUUAGCUACCUGCUGCUGCCACGCUUGGAGUUUGCGCAGCAUUACCUGAAGAGAGGCAAGUAUGAAGAAGGCCCUGGUGACCAGCAGCUGCUGAAAGAGAGAAACAAGACGGAAAACGGCAAGCUCAACGGUCACGCCAACGGGUCGCUGGGCUGUGGCGCCGAGACGGCGGCGGCGCCCGACGCCGAGGUCAGGGAGGCCUUCCUGUCGCCGGAGCGGGCGGAGAAGGAGCCGGCCAAAGCCUCCGUCACCGAGGUCUUCAAGAAGAUCUGGGUGAUGGCGUUCUGCGUGACCUUCGUGUUCACCGUGACGCUGUCGGUGUUCCCCGCCGUCACCGCCGACGUCCGGACCGCGUUCCCGGGAAAAUGGGAGCGCUUCUUCAUCUCCGUGUGCUGCUUCCUCAUCUUCAACGUCAGCGACUGGCUCGGCCGGACCGUCACCACGGUGAUCCGCUGGCCGCGUAAAGAGUCCCACCUCUUCCCGCUGCUGGUGGUCUCCAGGGUGCUGUUCGUCCCGCUGCUGAUGCUGUGCAACGUCCAGCCCCGCGACCACCUGCCCGUCCUCUUCGCGCACGACGCGGCUUUCACCGCCAUCAUGGUCCUCUUCUCCGUGUCCAGCGGCUACUUCGUCUGCCUCUCCAUGUCCUACGCGCCACAGAUGGUGGAGCCGAAGGAUGCGGAGACCGCCGGGGCCCUGAUGACCUUCUUCCUGGCGUUGGGUUUGUCCAUCGGCGCCGCCCUGUCCUUCGCCCUGCGAGCACUUGUAUAGCCCGCGCUUAGGCAUGAAACUGCCGUCUGAAUUUUUUUUAUAUUUUUGUCUCUCGCCCCUUCCCAACUUCAACGCACCAGAUGCUGAGAGCAGCAACGAGUGGGACGCUGUUACUAAAAACACAUAUUUAAAGAUUCCAUUUCUACGUUUUUAAAACAUUCUUUUUUAUUAUUUAUGUUUCCGUUUGUUAGAUGUGAUUUUUAGGGCAUUAUUUAGUUGUCAUGUAGGUAAAGGGAACACAAUGGACUUGUUUUUUCUAGGUUACAAUUAAGGCAACGUGUCAAAAUAUUUGCUUUUGCAACAAAUUGACUGAGAUCCACUUAUUGGUUUGCUUCUAGGUAUUUUUCUAUUAUUUCUCUUUUGAUAAAAAAUGGGAUAACAUUCUCAGUUACAGAGGAACAAAACAAAAAAGGUUUUGUAUUACAUUAUAUCCCUUUUCAGGGAUUUGAAUCCUUAGGGGGGGUUGGGUCCUCCUGGCUGCUGCUGCCACCUACUGGUCAGCCAGGCCAGAGCUUCUAAAAGAAAAGCAGGAAAAGCCCGUUCAGCUGGUGCUGCAGUGGCGGCAGGACGGCACGCCAUCCCACUCUCUGCCCGUUUGAGGGCGUCCUGGUUCGCCCCCACUACGGCGGGUUUCAGCUUGACUGGUUGUGUAAGUGUGACUACAUUUUUUUCACGGUCACGUUAAAGCAAUGCGUCUGAUAUUUGAUACUUGUAGUUCCGUUUUUUUUUUUUUUACCCACAAGCUAACAUGUUACUGAGUCAGUAAUCUAAUAGAGUAUUUUCAUUUGGUAUUGCCUUGCUGUGGUUUUGUAACAUUAACAAAUGGAGAAAAAAAUGGUGGCAGCUCCCUUUUUCAAAGGGACUCAACAGCUGAGACUCUCAGGAGGGGGACAAAUAUUAAGUUUGAUUUUUAGCUUUCAAAGUUUAAGACUUACUCUGAUCUGUGAGAAAUAGGCUGGAUAGAAGCUGCUUUUUCAUCUGAACUGGAGGCUGAAAUUAUCUGAACCUUGCUUCAGAUGGUAGGGCAUGGACACAAUUCUGAAGAUCCUAAAUAGAAGAACUGUAGUUCUUAACUUUAGUACUCUUUUAGAUAUAGAGUGAGUGGUGUUUCUUUGAGCUGCUGUUGUGUCAUUGCCUGUCUGAACCUGUUCCUCUCAACUAAAACAUGGGAAGUCCAAGCAAUUCAUCGUAAGCCAGCAGAUAUUUUUCUAUCUUUGUCCACAGCAACUUGCAGUACUGUGCAGAAAUUGUUUAGUCUCUAAAUGGGUACAAUUCACUAACAGAAGAUGUUGAUCAUUUCUACUGAACUGUGAUAAAGGGAAACAAAACGACAUGCAUGUCCGUAUUUUUUUGUACAGUGUCAAUAAAUGGACGAUUGAAACAGA